AUGUUUAGAAUUUAUCUAAGAAAAACAUCGUCAAUUCUUUUAAAACAAAGAAUUCUUGAAGCACCUUCAUUGGCUCCGGCUAAUUCGACAUUCAAUAGAUUCUUUUCUACCAAUAUUGCGAACGACAAAAGAAACAAUGGUCCAACAGCUAUCUUGCUAAUGAAUUUAGGCGGACCAACAGAAUUAGAGGGAGUACAGGAUUUUCUUGAGAGAUUAUUCUCGGAUCCUGAUCUAAUUCCAAUCCCGUUUCAAAAACGCUUGGCUCCGAUAAUAGCGAAACGUAGAGCACCUAGAAUUCAAGAACAAUACGCGAAAAUUGGUGGCGGUUCGCCGAUAUUACAUUGGACCCAAAAACAAGGCAGCGCCUUGGAAAAGUUGUUGGAUGAAAUUUGUCCCGAGACUGCACCACACAAAUCAUACAUAGCAUUUCGUUACGCCCCACCACUAACAGCGGAUACAGUGAUCCAAAUGAAAAAAGAUGGUGUGAGGCGCGCGAUUGCAUUCACUCAGUAUCCUCAAUAUUCUUGUUCAACCACUGGUAGUAGUCUUAACGAAUUGUGUAGAAGAUUGGAAUCGCUGGACUCCGAGCGAUCAAUUCGAUGGAGCGUGAUCGAUCGGUGGCCGACCCAUCCUGGAUUGGUUGAGACGUUUGCAAACCACAUUCAAGCAUCCCUAAAAACUUAUCCUCCUGAAGUUCGCGAUAAUGUAAUUUUCCUAUUUUCGGCACAUUCGCUCCCAACGACAGUGGUGAAUCGCGGAGAUACUUAUAUAUCCGAAGUUGCUGCAACUGUGCACGCAGUAAUGGAACGGUUGGAAUUUUCAAAUCCGUAUCGAUUAGUAUGGCAGUCUCAAGUGGGACCUCAAUCCUGGCAAGGUCCACAAACUAUAGAUGCGAUCUUGGAGUUUGGAAAACGAGGUAAAAAUGAUAUUUUGUUGGUUCCAAUUGCGUUUACAAGCGAUCAUAUUGAGACGUUGUUUGAACUGGACUUGGAAUAUGGGCAUGAGGCCGAAAAGGCCGGAAUUACGGGAUUAAAACGUGCAGAAUCACUUAACGAUGAUCCAACAUUCAUCAAAGCACUGGCUGACCUGGUUCAAGCACAUUUGAAAUCAG